AUUGACAUGACGCGCCAUUUUUAGUGAUUUCGUUUGAUUUAGAAAUUAGUUUACGCAAUGGUUUUUAUGUUACUUUUGUGCUUUGACUUUGUUUUUAGAUAAAGCUUUCUUGUUAUUUGUGGGGACAGAAAUACCAGAAUCGUGAUGAUGAACGUAUUCCGUUCAAUGUUUGGCGUGUGCAGCAGUUCAGCUGAGAAGGGGGAAGUCCACGAUACAAUCAGAAGGAUAUUUGGUAACGAGAUGAUCAUGAAGGACAACACAGAUCGACAGUAUCAGAGAAACAAAUACAUAAGUCAUAUAAAAGAAAACCUCUCUAAAAUUCUUGAUGCUAAAAUAAAUCAACCAAAUCACAAAUCGAAACCUGCCAAGAAACACGGCCCCGUUAUAGAAGAGGCUACUUCGGAGCCGACUGACGACAGACCCGGGCGCGUAGGACCUAAAAUCGUUGUGUUUGACGCUUCUACUGGAACUGGUCGCCUCGUGUUGGUGGGGGACGAGAGAGUCAGCGUUCAAGGGUUGUCUAGCUUCGCCACGAUUAGGGCCACGGCCUGCGCAUUCGCCAGCAAAUGGAUGUAUGAAGUGCAGCUUGGCACUAAGGGAAUAAUGCAGAUUGGUUGGUGUACCGCAUCUUGCGUAUUCUCCAUGGACACUGGGGUCGGAGACACUGCGCACUCAUAUGCUUACGACGGCGGUAGGGUCCGUAAGUGGAACGUGGCCACUUCACCUUACGGCCAAGCGUGGCUGCCUGGUGACGUUAUCGGCACCUGCAUCGACCUGGACAAGGGAACUUUGGAAUAUUACAGGAACGGAGUGUCGCUAGGUGUGGCGUUCGACAAAGUGUCCCACGGUGCUGGCCUAGCGUACUUCCCGUCGGUGUCGCUAGCAAUGCAGGAACAUCUCUACGCCAACUUCGGACAUGUGCCGUUCGUGUUCCCUGUAGAUGGUUACCAGCCUCUCCAAGCCCCGCCGAGUCGCGAAUGCACUCGCGCCGCCAUUCUACUGAAAUCUCUCGACGCACUGCUGGAUGAAAUGUCGCGUAUAUCAAAUUUGAACCCGGCUGUCAGUGCGAAAAAUAGCAAGACAAAAUCUGAGUCAGGUAAGACUGUGGAACAAGAGGUGGCGUUACGGAUACACAGCUCCGACAGUGCGUAUACUCCUCGAGGGUCCCCACAUUCUAUGAUCGGCUCGCAGAGCGUAGAGAUGAAGAAAAUCUCAAGAAAGGCUUUUCUAAUGUCCAUAGCCCGUAUAUUGGUGAUAGAGUUGGGUAUUACUCUCCGCCUCUCCUAUGUGGUGGUUGGUGAACUGCUGCCCAGACUUAGGGGGUACCUCGGGGUGAAGACGAGAAGUCAGCAAUCUGAUCCGUUAGCAUCAGACUUCUAUUUGAGUGCUAAAGAAGAAAGUUUUGAAGGGCUUGCAGCACAAUUUCUGGCACAACCUCAGCCCCGUCUAUGCAUGUUGCUCGACCUGCUUUGGACAUUCUUAGACGAGUCUGCGCUGUGUGAUGUAUUCGAGCAUUGUAUCGUCAGAGAAUGUUUGUUAUUCGAUUUGGUAUCGCCAGAUAUGAACUUCACACAGCAAACAGAAGGCGUUUAUGUGGUGUCUGGGCUGAUGCAACAUCAAGAGACGAGGCAUCAUCUCGUCAAAUAUGUGUUCUUCAACAAAAUUACAUUUGACAACUUCCUGAAUAUCAAGUGUCCUGAUGAAAUCGUACUACGGAAUGUGGUCAGAAAACCAUGGUGGCAGCGACCCACACCCGUACAAGGGGAGACUGACCCCAGGAUUAUUGAAAUGACUGAAAAAGGAAUCGUACACCGUCCUGCACCAGCUGGGGAAGAUAAAACGUCUAAGCUGCUGCCUUUGUGUCAGAAAGAUGGUGAAGCUUAUGAGGUUCAAUACAAUGAGGAUUGCGAGAAGAUCACCAAGGCUAUUGCACCUCUCGAACAAAUACAGUUGGAGUUUCUGCUGAUGCUUUUGGAUAACUCCGAUGGCAACAAUAUGGUGCCGUCCACUCGCAAGAUUUUCUUGGAGAAAUUCCGGCGGUACAUCAUGGAUAAUUGUAUAUUAGAUAUGCGACUUUUCAACAUUUCGCGAAACUCUCCUGCGAUAUCCUGGUGCUGCCACGCUCGGUUGUUAUCAGCGGUGCUCAAACUGUGGGCGGACAAUCCAAUUGGCAAUCCACAUCUACCACCACAUUUGCCCGUAAAGACUUUCAUAGACGGCGAGCUGGACUUUUACAAUGUGGACCGCCUCGGUGGCGUACUGCCGUUUUUAGUUAGAACUUUGAGGCAAGACCUAGUGAACAUGCUGGGAGAAGAUAAUGCCUUUAUCCAGAGUUUCGAACCAAGUUACAAUCGAGGGGGAGGUAUAGACACUGGUGUAAGUGACAUGACCGCUGGUUCACCAGGUCUGGCUACUCUUCCCCAGGUUAUCUCCUCAAUGGCCAGGUUUAUGCAUCAGCCAAUGCCGCUCAUGCCGAAUAGAAUCACAGGUGAAACUGCUCUAGCACUGAAAGGUACAAGGUCUAUGAUGCCAGGAGCAGGUGCUAUUGAUGUGAGAACUGCACACCUGAGGCUCGUUGAUGGAUUGCUGGCGUUGUAUCACGGAGCCGCUGUGAAACAUGCUGAAAAGCUGUGUGAACUAAGAGACAAUCAACUAGACAUGGCAGAUUGUCUACACGAUAUAGAUCAGCGAAUUGCCGCUAUUACUUCGGAAUUGGAGGAAAAAGAUGCAAAACGUGAACUUGGUGAACAAGAAGAUUUGAAAAAACAGCUAAUGGAAAAGAUUCUUAAAGAACUUUCAAGGUCCAAAGCUGUUUAUGAGGAAAAGUUGGAAGCGGGGGCGUUGCAAAUGGCGUGGGUGAUAGGAGCGAUAUGGACAAAGAAGCGGCAGACGGAAUUAUCGCGGCAUUUCGCAGGAACCUUGCAUUCCUUGAGAAUAGCCUCAGAUCCUGACUAUGCAGCACAUACCCAGGUAGCCAGUAAAGAAAUAUUACCGGGUAAGAGCUCCUUGCUUGGAGCUGGAAGUUACGCAUCUCUACAAUUGGAAUAUACCUCAAGCUCAGACCAGAGUCCCCAGAGUCCCACGUCAAGAGCGCAAACACCACGUGCUGGAUCUAAUUCACAAAUUGGAACACCAAGCCGAGUUUCGGAACAUAACACAACUACAGAAAUGGCUACCCCGCAACAAUUACGAUCACAUUCAGUAGUGCCGUCACCCAGUCAAGGCGGGCCGCAAUUCACAGAAUCUCUGUUUGCGUUCGUGCCGGAGUACCACGUGGACGCGAUGCUCGAGUUGUGCAACACCUUGCGGCUCUACAUGCAUCCAACGGUGCCCGUCAACCAGCUGCCAGAUUGGGAUGAACUGUUGAUCUCCUGUGCGGCAUUUCUUUGCUCUGAAUUCGCCGACUCCAGGAUAGUGCUGGCCAGUACUAGAGAGUCCUUGGUGCAGACCCUCGCCUCCUUCGCCACACAACCGACUACUAUGCGAGCCAUCGAGAGAGUACCCGCCAAACAACAGAUGCAGAUGGUGGAAGAAUUAGUGCGGCCGUACCAGAACCGCGCGUGGGCGCAGUCCAACUGGGUGCUAGUGCGCUUCUGGCACGGCUCCGGGUUCGGAUUCCGGCAUCGCCAGUGGCCCCAUCUGGCUGCCAAGUAUGGUGACAGGGAACCAACGGUCAACAACCUCGGUGCCAAGGUGGAUGCUGGCCUCAUGAGCCAAUGUUUCGGUCCGUGCCCAUCAGAAGUGAUCCAAACUCGAGUAAAGGAGUAUUUAACAGCACACCCUAAAGAAGCGGCUGCCUUCCUCAACUCGCUGCUCAGUCAGCUAAACUGGGCUUUCUCGGAAUUCAUAAAUAUGAUGCAAGAAAUGGAUAGAGUGAACGUCGAUGCUCACCUAGAGUCUCGUCAGAUAAAACUGUGCGCGACCUGUUUCGAUCUGUACCACGGACUCGCCAGGGCUCUGGAGAUGAACCUCACUCUGGUCCCUCAACUACUGACCAAAUCCGAAGCUUGUGACAAUCAAAACGAGCUGCUACUUGGAAGGACAUGCCAGAUCCUAAUGGCGGUCGUGUCUCGUGUUUGUGUACGUGGCGGAGGCGGGGCGAGUUUUGGUCGCCUGGUCGCCCGGGGACUCCCCGAUACUGACAGAGUCCACUACUACGUCGCUCUUGCACCCGUCGCAGGUUGCCUUUGCGGUAUGCUGGACCCGAAGCUACCUAUGGAGCACAUAGACAAGAUAGUAAAAGCCAUAGUCACCGAGCCACUUUUCCGCAUCGACGGCCUCGAGUUCAUGUUGGGAAAGACAAGGGACAAGAUGUUCUCCUUCUACAAAUACCCGGACGACGUCACACCUGAGGAGCUGAAAUCUCUCGAAGGAGUCGUGGAGAGGCUAAGAAUCGCCAGAGAUGCGGUGAUCAAAGCCAGAUCACCAGGCUCUAGCGGGGCACAAUCUGAUCUUCUGUGCACAAUCUGUUAUGCGAGAGCAGCUGACACAGCAUUUAGUCCUUGUGGCCAUCACUCUUGCAGAGCGUGUAUAAUGCAACAUCUGCUGAACUCCAAACAAUGCUUCUUUUGCAAAGCGGAGAUAGAAUCAGUACGAGAAAUUGACUCAGUGGCCAACAACUGAAAUCAAGACUAAGUAAAUUUACGUAUUUUACGGCCGCACCCAAGAUUAUAAAUUACAUCUAACGCUUCAUUAUGUCACCUAUUGCCUAAUUCAACUGGCAUCCUUAAAACUGACACUAGUUUUCUUUUCCUAUUUAUUUCCCAAAGAAAGUGUGUGCACCAACUUUCAUCAAACUGAGGCGCUAUUCUCACCGGGUCAGUGUGGACUCUUUUCGUUUCAGUACUGAAUCUAUACAUAUUCUUUACCGAGAACCACUUCUUGACCGUCUCGGUUUCGGUGCGGUAUCGUUUCGUUUUGUUUGCUUCAGUGGUUGUCAUUUGUUAUAAUGCCGUCACGUCGGGAGGGCGAGACCAAUGGUUCGGUAGGAUUCGGCACAGAGAGGUGUGCAUGCGCUCGGUAAAGAUUCUGUACCGAAACGACUCAAUGAGGAAGCUCUCCCUUGAUUAUAUGCACUCAGUAAAAUUCUGUACAGAAACGAAAACGAAACGAUACUCGGAGUAUUAACUGUUUGGUGUGUGGUCGUUAGUCACAUUUAAUUAAUUAACGAAUUAAAUGAAUCGUAUUGAAUUUUUACAAUUUAACAUUUAAUUUUGUAAUUUCAACGAAUAAUAAAAGCUAUCUAAAA